AUGGCUGUCAAGGGACUUGGUGAAGUAGACCAAAAAUACGAUGGAUCCAACUUGAGAAUUGGUAUUCUCCAUGCGAGAUGGAACAAAAAGAUAAUUGAUGCCCUUGUGCAAGGUGCCGUGGCAAAAUUACAAGAAUUUGGUGUUAAAUCAGAAAACAUCAUUAUUGAAACCGUGCCCGGAUCAUUUGAACUACCAUUUGGUUCCAAACUAUUUUAUGAAAAACAAAAGAAGUUGGGCAAACCACUCGAUGCUAUAAUACCAAUUGGAGUAUUGAUUAAAGGCUCAACAAUGCACUUUGAAUACAUCUGUGACUCAACAACUAACCAAUUGAUGAAAUUGGGCUUCGAAUUGGGUGUACCUGUUAUAUUUGGUGUUUUGACAUGUUUGACCGAGGAGCAAGCAGAAGCCAGAGCAGGGCUAAUUGAGGGCAAAAUGCACAACCAUGGUGAAGAUUGGGGUGCUGCAGCUGUGGAAAUGGCAACCAAAUUUAAAUAA